AGGAGAGAGAGAGAGAGAGGCAAGGAUUUGCUCAAAAGGCGAAGAAGAAGAAGAGAAAUAAGGAUCGAAGAGAGUGAGGUUGCAACGGUCGAAGGCUUUUAGGAGAGCCUCAUAAUCAUUUUGUUCUUCACGAGAAACCCUCAAACCCCAUUAAUUUUUUUCCCCUUUUUCUCUGAUUUCUCUUUCUUCCUUGUCCUUUUGUUCUCUAUCUUUUCAUCUCGUUUUUUUAAUUUCUUUUUUUCUCUUCCAUUUCUGUUAUUUGACUGAGGCGCUAACACAGCGAUGGGAGACAAAAAUUCCAGAAGGAAAUUAAAGGGAAAGUCAGAAGGAGGGAUUCCAAGAAGAUUCUGAGCUCCUCAAAUGCCCUUUUCCUUCUUUUCCCUUUUACCUUCUUAACAAUGGCGGAUGAUGCCUCUUCAUUGACCAAGGAAACUUUUAUUUUAAAGGUCCCUAAGAAAUCCCCAUUGAUGCUAAGGAUGAUUGUGUUGGUCUUUGCCAUGGUCUGUGGUGUAUUUAUAUGCACAGUUUGUCUGAAGCAAAUUACGACAAGUACAAAGGUCGGGUUGUUAAGAGUCCAGGUUGUUGACAUGCCGUGUUCGAAGCCUACGAUCGAUCCUUCAGACGUUCCUUUUGUGCACUUUCCUAAACCUACAACAUAUAGCAGGGCUGAAUGCGCUUGCCACCCGGUUCGAUUUUUUGCCAUUUUGUCGAUGCAGAGAUCGGGCAGUGGUUGGUUCGAGACAUUAUUAAAUAACCAUACUAACAUAAGUUCCAACGGAGAGAUAUUCUCGGUUAAAGUUAGGAGAAGUAAUAUAUCAACCAUUGUCGAAACGCUCGAUAAAGUUUACAAUCUGGACUGGUUUAGUAGUGCUUCGAAAAACGAGUGCACAGCAGCUGUUGGCCUUAAGUGGAUGCUUAAUCAGGGGUUGAUGCAGCACCAUGUAGAAAUAGUAGAGUACUUCAAACGUCGUGGCGUUUCAGCUAUCUUCCUAUUCCGACGAAACCUUCUUCGCAGAAUGAUCUCAGUACUCGCAAAUUCAUACGAUCAAGCCGCGAAGCUGUUGAACGGAACCCACAAGUCUCACGUGCAUUCACAUCACGAGGCAGAUAUACUCGCAAAAUACAAGCCUGUAAUUAAUGCCACUCUGUUGAUACCCAAUUUGAGGCAAGUAGAAGAGACAACAGCUAAAGCUUUGGAGUACUUCAAUAGCACCCGACACAUCGUUUUGUAUUACGAAGAUGUAGUUAGGAACCGCACCAAAUUAAGUGAUGUUCAAGACUUUCUGAAGGUUCCACGGAGGAAGUUGAAGAGUCGUCAAGUGAAGAUACACCGAGGUCCAUUGUCGAAUCAAAUCGAGAACUUGGAGCACGUCGAGAAGGCAUUAAAUGGGAGCCAGUAUGAGAGUUUUUUACACGCAGACUUUCGGAAGUAAGUACCCGAACGAAACUCGGGAGGGUGGAGAGCUAAGAAGCUGUAUAUAUAGCAUCAUCAUCUUGUGCCAUACUGCAGGAGGAGGAGGAGGAAUAGAGACAUAUCCUUCCUGUUGCAAUUUUGGAUUUGGCGCAAUGCAUUUUAUUUGUUCUCAGUAACGUUCAGUUCAUUCUUUUAACCUCUUCUAUUCACAUUCCAUUAUUUUUUUACCUUGUAUGAAAUGUAGCCUUUUUUUUUCCCAU